GCUCACUUCAUCUGACGCCUUCGUCCUUGGUUCGUUUCGACAGCGUCAGGGCUCAGUAACGAAUAUCGGGACAUGAACGACAAUCCCACUACAACAGCAAACUCGUUAACUACGGGCUUGGAUGAACUUACUUCUUACCUUGAAAGAAGCACUCUUCUCGUCCUAGCGUACGCUGAUGUUUUCGAGAGCAAGUAUGCGCGUCCGGCAUUAGAUAAAAUUUCCAGACACUUCCAGGGUCAACCGUUGACAACAACAUGGAUCACGACGGCUCUGGCCCUCUUCGCUGUUAUGAGUAUCCUACCGGUAUUGUCGUUCAUAGGCCUAUCCAUCUUCGCACUUUGCAGCUCCAUGUGCAUUGCUCUUACGUUCGGAUUCGCGGCUGUCGUCGCAUUGGAAAUCAUGUUCGCCACGGUUCUCCUCUUGGUACUAGGAGGUCUACUAUUUUUCUCUUUCGGGCGCUUUGGAAUCGCAGAUUGGGCCCAGGAAACAAGACAACACUUCACUUCUGUCGGCGUGAAACCUGAAGACAACGACGAUUCGGAUGGGUCUGGUGUCCUCAUUGCAAAUGAGGCCAACGAUCAAGUGAAACGCGAAGACAGCCCUCCUUCUCCCUCGCGCUCCUUGAUGGCACCCUCCGGCUCGACUUGAUGCAAACAGACUCCGUGUUCAUAUUUCUGGCUCGCAUUCUCUGCUGCAUAAUCCAUUCUUUUGGCACGCGUUCCUCACGUCACUUUUCUAUAGCUGACCUGGUAGGUUUACUCACGUAUGACACUGUAUCGUUUGUAAUUUGCACUUUCACUCUCUGCACCCACUGUGUACUGUACUAUAGUCUCAUCACAUGCUGUCGAUUAAAGAUAUGGUCCUGGCCCGUUAAAUCUGCAAGAUUGACAAGUAUCCGAUUAUUCUUUUUCUUGAUACCUGC